ACUCUCCCAUGGAAUUUAACCCUGGGCCAGCCGUUCUCAUGCAGUGUAACUUCCCUUGCAAGUGGUUGUGAGAAUAAAAUGUAGGACAAGAGAAUGAUGCGGUUUCCAUUCAUCUGCUGGGGGUGCCCAAACUCUGUCACCAUGAAGUUCCAGAGGAAAAGAGACCUAAAGCAGCAGAUACGCCAAAUGCAGUCUAUCAUUGCAGUCCAAGAGCAAGGGAAGAAACUCUUUGCCCAGUCGACCAAGGAUACUCUUAGUAAGAACAGGGAUCUGAUCAACUUCCUGCUUGCAAGUGUGCGGGAUGGAAUGCAUGAGCUGAACUUUGCAACCAAGUAUGACCAAGUGACAAUCAACCGGGCCUGCCGAGAUCGGAAGCACCUCAAGAUAUUUUUGUCCAAGGAAACCAUGGAGAAAGCCCGAGAGCUCCUGAGCGCGUAUGUCUUUGAUCGGAUGAAUGUACAUAACCUCUUGCAGUAUGAAGUGAAGAAGAGGGGGGAGGUCUUACAAGAGAUGCAGCUGAGAUUGCAAAAACUCAUGGAGUUGGAAACUCCCAGCCCAGAGAUCCAGGCGCAGUUGCAGAUAAUCCGUCAGCUGGAGAAUAACAUUGAAAAAAUGCAUGUGAAAAUUAGCACUGGACAGAAUGCCAACACCUUGUACCUGAAGAUGAUAGAUGUGCUGAGAAAUGAAGUGGCUCAGUUGCCUUUUUUAUUGGACAACCUGGAACAUAUGGUGGAGGUCUAUGAAGGGGAACUCAAUGGCAUGCAUCUGAUGGCCAUCGACAGCAUGGAAGCCACAGAGAUGGCCAAGGCAGAGAUGGAGAAUACGGAGUCUGAGUUAAUUGCUGAGAAAAAGUUCAGGGAGAAUUCACUCAGCAGCCAGAAGAAACAGAUAGAAAGGAUCCGUGCCAAGGAAGCUAGUGACAGACACAAAAAGAUGCAGGGCCGGCGUGAUCUUGCUAUGGAGUUUCCUUCUCUGGGAGGCUGGGAAACAGUGAGAGGUGCAAAACUAGAAGUUUCCAAGUCUCAGGUUGAGUACCAGGGUUUGGUGACCAACGAGGUGGAAAAGAUCAAGAAUGCCGUCCAGUGCUCCCAUCUUUGGGAUAUUGCUGGGAGAUUCACAGCCCAGAAGAAAUCUGAAGAGAACCUGCAGCAGCAGAUUGCAGAAUCUGAGAAAAAACGCAGAGAUCUGAAGGCCCAGUUGAAGAAGCUGGAACUGGAGCGGGCAGAACUGAAAUUCCACCAGACCCAGAACUCCAUCAGCUUCAAUAAGCUAUCCAAGGAGCUGAGAAAGAACCUGGAAAAAGAAGAUGCCAGACUCCAAGAAGUACAAUCCCAGGCAAUCAGGCAUCAGGAGCUCCUCCUCCAUUUUGAGAACGGGGUUGAAAACCUUGCCAUGAGGCUCUGUGGCAUCACUGUUCCUGGCCAGGAAGACCUCCGAAUGAUCACUGGUGAUAUAUUUGAAAAGCUGCAGUUCUGUGAAGUGAAGCUGAUGCACCUGUUGAAGACAUGUAGCAACAUGCCAAGCGAUGACUUCAGUAAAGAGGAGACCAAUGAGACUUUUGUUCACGUCAGAAACUUUCUAGAGGAAAGUACCAGAGAUGAGCAUGAGAAUCUGAGGAUCACUUUUGAAGAGGACGAGGAAGAUGUCAGAGAGGUCUUCAACUUUUCUGACAUUGACCACAGUUAUGUGCCCAACCGGGAAGAGCUCAAGAAGCAGGGCUUAAAACUCAUUGAAGACAAGACUAAGGUCUCUAAGAAAAAGCAGAGAGGGCCCAAUAAAAAAUAG